UUUUACUGUUGAACUUAUCCACAGAAACAUCACCAGUAUACAGCGUUGAGAAAUAAACAUGAGAUCGAUGUGAUGAGGCAAUGUGAAAUUAUUGGUAUGACAGUGACUGGUGCAGCCAUGAGAGCUAAUCUGCUGGAGGAAAUAAAGCCAUCAGUUAUGAUAGUAGAAGAAGCUGCCGAAAUCUUAGAAGGACAACUUGUGGCAGCUAUCCCGCCAUCCGUUCAACACCUUAUCAUGAUUGGUGAUCAUCAGCAGCUGAAACCUGUGGUACAAAACCCCAGACUCCGAAAGACUAAUAACCUUGAUGUCUCCAUGUUCGAGAGACUUGUGAACUGCAAGAUUCCUUCCAAGCAGCUUGAGUAUCAAUGCCGAAUGAGAGACGACAUUGUUGAUUUGCUCCGAGCGCUAAAAAUCUAUAAGGAGCUUAAAACAAAGACGGAGCUAAUUCGCAACAAUCAUCUUCCUCAUUGUGUGGAGAAGAGCAUGUACUUCUGCCGCCACACAAGUGAGGAGAAACCAUCAAAAGAUUCCCACAGCAAACGAAACGUCCAUGAGGCCAGAAUGAUCACGGAAGCUGCAAAAACGUUUUGUCAACAGGGAGUUCGUCCAUCUAGAAUUACAGUACUUUGCGCAUAUCGAGGACAGGUCACAGAAAUAAAAGAUUUGUUCCAAUCCACAAAUGUUGAGAAAAUGGGUGAGAUUGAAGUGACGACGAUAGACGCUUUUCAG